AUGCCACCCCAUCUCCAUCCCCGGUCCCGGUCGACGACCGGCCUGUUCGCUGGCACUCUCCUCGCCUCACUCCUCGUGGUCGGCAUUCCCCACAUCUUCCCUUGCCCGGCACCCCGACGCACUUUCGCGGACUCGGAGGUGGUGGUCACAGCCGACGGCCAACAGAUCCCGAAAGUGCGACGGAGACGGCGGAAAGACAUCGAAACGCUAGACAGCCCCGAAAAUCAUCGCUCAGGCCAUCCGGCAUCACCGGGCGACGACGAGGAGGUAUCCACAUUCCUCCAGAUGGAAGAAGAGGCCAAGAACCUGGCCCACGUUGGCCGCGAGUGUCCGGUGCCCAAACCGAAGGGUGUCCUGGGUCAAUUACUGGGGUUCCGUAACCCUCCAGAAAAUGAGAGGCGGCAGACAAGCGGAUUUGCCGAGGGGGAACGAUAG